GCUUCAAAAGCCGCUGGCAGAUCCAUCCGUUGGAUUCGUUGGAUCCGUCCUGUCCUCCGUCGAACUGACACUUCACUCGGAGUACGGGCCAGAGAUCACCGACAACGAUGGCAAGCCCUACCUUUGUACAGACAAGGUGCAUUCAGAUGGCUCCGCCUGCUGCGGUCGGGGAGAAAUUUGGAUGAGAGGUAAUUCCAUCGGUUCUGGCUAUUACAAGCUGCCAGAGCAGACAGCAGCUUGGUUCCACUCUGGAGACAUCGGGCUGAUCACGCCCGAAGGAAAAGUCAAGAUCAUCGAUCGCAAGAAGAAUCUUGUUGCAGUCUCAGUGAAGCUGGAAGGUGGCGAACACGUUGCCUUGGAGCUGAUCAAUGUGACCUACAACAAUCAUGAACUCGUCAACGCGGAUGCUGGAGGUGUGUGCUCUUUUGCAAGCCAUGAAAUCGAUCUGCCCGUCCUGCUUGCUCAGUGCAACUUGGCUGCGCAUCGCAAGAAGAAGGAGCUCUUAGCUUUGGCUGCUGCGAAUGGCGUUGGUGAACCGAACCCAGCAUGGCUCGAUGACUUCGAGUUGCUGAUGGCUGUCAUGGCAGCUGUUAAGACUGCUCUGGAUGCAGUGGCGAAGGAGUCUCCCAGCGACCAGGCACAUAAGCUUCCGGCCUUGAUGCAAGCGAUUGCAGUGAUGCCUGUGUUGGAGCCCUGGACCGAAGUUCGGUUGGUGGCCAAGAAGAUUUACCAGCUCCAUGAAAAGGUCUCCCCACUUGGCUCUCCAUUUGUCUCCCUUCUUGUGGCGGCUUUGCGACGGAGGAAUUCCUACGUCUUUCAUGUUUCGAACGAUAUCAUUCGUUGUGUGAUGAGCCACUUGGGCAUCCGUGUGUUUAAUGUGCUUGAAGAGGCAGUCCUGCAACAUGCACCUUAUCGAAGUCUUUCAGCUCUGUUGAAGCUGUCCUACAUGCGUAAUCCCUGCAGACGUACCACGUUCAGGGUCUGCGAGACAGCCUGCAAGUUCUGGCUUUUGCGUCACAAGAGGCCCAUUGGCCGACCCAGCAUCAUUUGGCCUAACGCCCCACGAUUCCGUGGACAGAAGUUCAGCGAGUACAUCAUGGUACACCAAAUGAGCUGCUGCAAACGAAAUGAUGACAAUCCUGCCCAGGAGUUGUCGUGCAGCUCUACCGAAGGCAUGUCGUGCAAAGACACCAUGCAGAGUGAGCGUUGUGCAGAGACGAAAGUUGAGAAGAGUGGACCUGUGGUGGCAUUUCUCUUCAAGCUGGCGAUGCGGAUCAAGAAAUCCGCGGUGCGGCAGAACCGCUACACACCGCUGUUCGACCUGUUGGUGUUCAAGAAGUUCAAGUCCAUGCUUGGUGGAUGUAUGAAGUUCACAUUAUCUGGCGGUGGUGCCAUCUCCCCUGAUGUUCAGGAAUGGGUGCGGACAGCCUUUGGCUGUCCGCUCAUUCAAGGUUACGGCCUUACAGAGACCUGCGGUGGCGCUGUGCCAGAGAUCACCGACAACGAUGGCAAGCCCUACCUUUGUACAGGCAAGGUGCAUUCAGAUGGCUCCGCCUGCUGCGGUCGGGGAGAAAUUUGGAUGAGAGGUAAUUCCAUCGGUUCUGGCUAUUACAAGCUGCCAGAGCAGACAGCAGCAGACUUCGACAACGACGGCUGGCACAGGGCCUUGGACGUUGUGAAGCUGAAAGGUGGCGAAUACGUUGCCUUGGAGCUGAUCAAUGUGACCUACAACAAUCAUGAACUCAUCAACGCGGAUGCUGGAGGUGUGUGCUCUUUUGCAAGCCAUGAAAUCGAUCGGCCCGUCCUGCUUGCUCAGUGCAACUUGGCUGCGCAUCGCAAGAAGAAGGAGCUCUUAGCUUUGGCUGCUGCGAAUGGCGUUGGUGAACCCAGGAUGGUCAUGGCAGCUGUUAAGACUGCUCUGGAUGCAGUGGCGAAGGCACAUAAGCUUCUGGCCUUGAUGCAAGCGAUUGCAGUGAUGCCUGUGUUGGAGCCAUGGACCCCGGGAAGUUCGGUCUCCCCACUUGGCUCUCCAUUUGUCUCCCUUCGUGUGGCGGCUUUGCGACGGAGGAAUUCCUACGUCUUUCAUGUUUCGAACGAUAUCAUUCGUUGUGUGAUGAGCCACUUGGGCAUCCGUGUGCUUUAUGUGCCCUCGGCCAUGGACAUUCCAGUUCCGGACAACUCACGAGUCACGCAGUUCUGGAUCCAAUCAUUGGCGUCAAAUAUCAGGCUUUUGCAGCUGCACAUGUUGCACCAUCUUCAAUUGUCCUUUGAGACGUCCCUGUUGAUGGCAGCUGCUUCUUCGAAUUGGAAUGGUUAUUGGCAAAUCCCACACGCUGAAAAGGUGCCCUCGGCCAUGGACAUUCCAGUUCCGGACAACUCACGAGUCAUGCAGUUCUCUAUCCAACCAUUGGCGUCAAAUAUCAGGCCUUUGCAGCUGCACAUGUUGCACCAUCUUCAAUUGUCCUUUGAGACGUCCCUGUUGAUGGCAGUGGCCCAAGCCACGUGUCUUCGAUUUAGAGAUGCGAUAGGCCCAUUGGCCUUGCCUAAAGCCUUGCGCCCCCCGAUUGCGUGGCCUUUGCAGCUGCACCAUCUUCAAUUGUCCUUUGAGACGUCCCUGUUGAUGGCAGUGCAGAGACGAAAGUUGAGAAGAGUGGACCUGUGCCCCAGCCUAAGGGCACAUGCGAGGGUGGCAUUUCUCUUCAAGCUGGCGAUGCGGAUCAAGAAAUCCGCGGUGCGGCAGAACCUCUACACACCGCUGUUCGACCUGUUGGUGUUCAAGAAGUUCGAGUCCAUGCUUGGUGGAUGUAUGAAGUUCACAUUAUCUGGCGGUGGUGCCAUCUCCCUUGAUGUUCAGGAAUGGGUGCGGACAGCCUUUGGCUGUCCUCUCAUUCAAG